GAGAACAAGGAGAAAAGGGACAGGAAGGCUCUUCUGGACAAGCUGGUCCCAAGGGUGACACAGGGGCUCGUGGCCUGCCGGGUCUAUCAGGCGAACAGGGUGAAGCAGGGCUUCCUGGACUCCAGGGCUUACCCGGACCAAGAGGAGAGAAGGGGAACCAGGGUGAAACGGGAAGAGAGGGACUCCCUGGACAGCAAGGUGAAAAGGGCGAUGUGGGUUCUCCUGGUCCCCCUGGUCUGCCUGGAACUACAGCACUGUUCACCCCACAUCCCCGAAUCCCAGGAGAACCCGGACCAAAAGGAGAGAAAGGAGAUCAAGGAAUCGGCGGAGAACCUGGACCAGCUGGUGCUCCCGGUGAGCAGGGGCUCCCAGGGCUUGCAGGACUACAGGGCAUGAAGGGACAGAAAGGAGCUAGAGGAGAAACUGGAACUCCUGGCGAGACUGGUGCUCCUGGUGCUGAAGGCCCCCCAGGCCCACGCGGCUUGCCAGGAAACGUGGGUGUACCUGGAGAUGUGGGUCCACCAGGAAAGGAUGGGCAAAAGGGCGAAAAGGGUGAGCCAGGGAGAGAUGGAAAAGCAGGAGGACCUGGGCCUGCUGGUGAGCCUGGCCCUGCUGGAGUACCUGGCUUACCUGGCAAGGGUAAAGAUGGAGACCGGGGUGACCGAGGCCUGCCUGGACUGCCGGGACUCAUUGGUCACAAGGGAGAUAGGGGAGCUCCCGGUCUCCCUGGCCAGCCUGGAGACAGAGGUCCGCCUGGAAUUGGAGUCGCUGGGCCUCCUGGCCCCACGGGACCACCAGGAGACAAAGGGACAUUGGGCUCCCGAGGCUCACCCGGCGUCCCAGGCCCCCAAGGACCACCCGGGCAGGAUGGUUUACCUGGAAAUCCAGGGGAACGGGGACCUCCUGGAAAGCCGGGUACUUCUCCCUUGCUUACUCCUGAAGACAUCAACCUCCUAGUCAAGGACGUGUGUACAGACUGCCCACCUGGCCCGCCAGGGCUCGCAGGAAUACCAGGCUUCAAGGGUGAUAAAGGUCUGCGAGGGCCUCCUGGGAGAGAUGGCCUGGAUGGGAAAACGGGGGCUACUGGUCCCAGAGGUCCACCAGGCCCUCCAGGCCCAGAUGGUCUAAAGGGCACUAAAGGAGACCGUGGAACAACGGGGGAGGCUGGAGAAAAAGGUGAACAGGGUCACCAUGGAAUGCCUGGUUUUUUGGGCCCACCUGGAAACCCAGGCCCACCUGGACCAGAUGGUGUAAAAGGACCAGCAGGAGCCCCUGGGAUCCCUGGAGAUAUUGGUAAAGAUGGCCCACCAGGACCUCAGGGACCACCAGGAUUGCCUGGACUUCAAGGCAUUGAUGGGAAUGAUGGCAAGGAUGGCAAGCCAGGAUCUCCUGGGGAACCUGGCAAAUCAGGAGAACCAGGGCUUCCAGGCCAGGAGGGUGCCAGAGGGUUACCGGGCUUCAAGGGACAAAGAGGAGACAUGGGUCCCCCAGGCUCUCGGGGAGAGCCAGGUGUGGCAGGUCCUGCUGGGCGUGAGGGACCACCAGGGAAGGAUGGUGACGCCGGCCUCACCGGACCUCAGGGUCCUCGCGGAUUCAGAGGGCAGCCGGGCAAGAGUGGAUCACCUGGUCCCCCAGGGGAGCCUGGGCCUGCAGGAAACCCAGGUCCAAAAGGAAACAAAGGAGAAAAUGGCAGCCCAGGAGUUCCUGGUUUCAUAGGACCUCGAGGACCUCCUGGUGAACCGGGAGAGAAAGGUCCCCCGGGAAAAGAGGGUGCAGCUGGGAAACCAGGUGAACAUGGAUCCAAUGGAGACAAGGGAGAUCCUGGAGUCAAAGGUGACAAAGGCCCACAGGGGGAGAAGGGCUCACCUGGCGAGCCUGGAAUACCAGGCCAUAAAGGCCACCCAGGACUGAUGGGUCCUCAAGGGCCACCAGGAGACAAUGGACAAACUGGACCUCCAGGUCCCCCAGGACAGCCAGGAUUUCCUGGUCCACGGGGGGAGCCUCCAUCCUUGGAAACUCUGAGAAGGCUUAUUCAGGAGGAGUUAGGAAAGCAGCUCGAUGCAAAACUAGCCUACCUCAUGGCUCAGAUGCAGCCAGCUCAGGUCAAAGCCCCUCAAGGUAGACCAGGGCCUCCAGGUGUUCCUGGCAAGGAAGGACUCCCAGGAAGACCUGGCCCUCCGGGAGAGCCUGGCCGACCUGGGCAAACGGGAUCUGAAGGACCACCAGGGCCUGUGGGUCCAAAAGGUGAAAGAGGCACGAAUGGUGAAAAAGGAGAAGCUGGCGUUGGUCAGAGGGGUGAAAUAGGUUCUCCAGGGAUUCCAGGCCUCCCAGGGGAACCUGGCUAUGGCAAAGAUGGGAUGCCAGGACCACCAGGCCCCCAAGGUGAAGCUGGGGCGCCUGGCCUCAUGGGCCCACCAGGACCUUCUGGAGCCAAUGGACAGUGCGAUCCCUCUCAGUGCGCUUACUUUGCAAGUCUGGCUGCCAGGCCCAGCAACGUCAAGGGACCCUAGAAACUGCAGCCUAGGGACAACCUCUCUGGACUGAUUUCUAAAACUUGAAUUCAACAAUCCAGCUCCUGGAUUUCUUUCCUUGCAUUUCUUUAUGGGAGGCCUUUUAGACGAUGAUAGCCAACAAAUGCUGCCGGUCGGUCAGAUUAGUAUUAUAAUUAUUAUUAAUUAUUAUUAUUAUUGUUGAUGUGAGAAGUGAUUUUGUUUUUUGUUCUCUCUAACAUCAGGGAAUGUUAAAAAUUAAGAGUAAAGGUUUAAAAAUAUAUAUAUAUAUAAAUAUAUAUGAUAUUGAUUUAUAGCAUAGCUGUCACUGUUUAUAUAGAAAUUGUUGUGGUGCCAAAAAUAAGAGUUCAGCUGGUGAAUUCUUGUCUGAACGUCAGUCACCCCAUCCUCCCCUUCUCCCACCCCCAGAAAGAUCCCAAGUGCUCCAUUCAAUCCAUGGUCAUGCCUGUGAAACGGGCUUGCAACGAGGUUGUUAGCACUAGCUGAUAAUUGCUAAGUCGCUGGGGGAAAAUGCCAUGCAGAGGCUGGCAAAGAGCGAUGCCUUGCAUUCAGCUCACAAUGGACAAUCAGUUAUAGGCAACAGGCUCUGGGUUUCCCAGAACAACCAUGUUAAGUUUAACAUUCUUUUGCUCAUAAAGGACACAAACUUUAAUCAUUCGAAUCCACUUUAUAGGCUUUUUACAGCCUUUUUACAGGCGUGACAGUAGGGCUCUGAAUAGAAGGUAAGACGCGACAUCCUGCUCUGCACGUGUUCUCCCAUUACGCUCCAGAGGUUGUAGUCCCAGCAUGUGAGGCUUUUGCUCUUGCUGCCGAAGAGAAGCCUCUGCAAGCCACUGGAAAGUUUGUCCUCCUUCAGUUCAGAUGACAUUUUGUGCCGUCUUUGCUGUAAAUGGCUAACGUCACCAGCUAACAUUAAUAGAGGGGUCUUCCAUGUCUGGGCUAGAUGUUAUGUUUGGAUGGAGCAUAUUAUGGGAGGUCAGUCUAGAUGGACUGUAUUGUGGAAGGGAUCCAAGAAGAGGCUGGAGAAAUGUCUCUUUGAGAUGGUUUAGGAAUAGUGAGCCCAUCAUGCAUCAGUGCAAGGGUUGGAAUAGAUGGCCCUAGAAAUCCCUUCCAGUCCUAUGACUGUGAGAGCUCCCUCCUUGCCUGCGAAUCUGAACAUCUGAGUGCAAUGUGCAGCCCACCAUUUCUGAACGACGCUGUGCACAGCUUUGGAUGUAAGGACAAUAUGUCAGAGCUGAUCCGUAAGAAGGCCUCUUACAUGCAGUGGGCAGUGCUGAUAAGCAUUUGGAGAACAAAUGAGUUAAAGGAAGUGUUGUAGGCGUGUCAAAUAUCCCACCCAGAGACUAGCUGUUGAAAAUAUUUGGGCCGCAAGGCUGCAAGAAAUAAACUUAAAUAUAUACAGAGAGUAAAGAGCCUGUUCUGCCAGGCUGGGCUGGGCAAAGACAUUCACUUCCAUCGUAGAUUCUCCCUCAUGCUGAACACAUUUAUUGAAGCACAAUCCCAUAAGCAAAGAGACAGCUUUUCCCAAGCAAUCAGGAAAGAUGAGCCUCAUGCACACACUUCAACACAAAGCACCCUGACUGUCAGAAGUGCUCUGAAUACAGUCACUUGCCUUGUUCUCACAGAGGGAAGGGGUGUUGGGCCUCAGUGGGCACUGCUGAUGUCUGCACACUUUUGCAGAUCUUGUUAGAUGCCAAAAUUGAGUUCUCUUGGGAGGAAAAAAAGGGCAUUUCCAAGUUAUUUAAACUGAGCAGAAGUCACUUGGGGAGAGUGUGAAUCCAUUACAGCAGCGAUUCCCAAACUCUGACAGAUUGUGCCCCACCGAUUUUAAAACGAUGCAGCCUUAAGUACUACCAGCCAAUUUUUCAGUUCAACCUUAAGUACCACCAGCACAUUUUUGUCCUAUAAAAUAAGGAUAAUAAAUCUGUUAACGCGAACCACUGACAGGUGAUCUGUGUACCACUGGUGGUACCCGGACCGCGAUUGGAAACUGCUGCAUUGCAGAGUUGUAACGAUGGUGCGUCUAUAAACAGAGCCAUUUUGCCACUUUGCAAACUUUCCUCCCCCCACAUAGCAUAUGAUCUUUUCAGUAUGAAAAAUGCAAUAAUGACCGUAUCUCCGUAUGGGAGGAAAGAAGUCUUUCUGCUGUAGAUUGCAGUGGUGUCAUUCCCCUGCCAAUACACAGUGGUUCAUUGUAUUUUAUUUUACCAUGUUCUUUGCCAUAUAAAGACAAUAAUGGUGAACAUUUCAUACAUGGAAGAGUUAAUUACUUAUGGAGUAACUUAAGGAAGUGUAUCUAUGCUGUGCUUCCUCUGAUAGGUCAAUUCUCUGUAUUUAAACCAUUGAAAUGUCUAAUCGGUGCAGCAAACAGUAGGCAGGCAUGUUGAUCACACAGCGCUUUGCAGUACCAGGCUUUCUGUGCAAGGCUAGGAUACAGUCCACCUACUAUAGCGAUAACAUAGGGUGAGUUUCACACUCAAGAGGUGCCUCCUUGAUAGCACAGAACGUCAUUUCUGAUAGGUAUCAUGGCAGCGGCCGGGUUGUGUAGAGGUCAGGUAUCUUAACUGGGCCAUGUUAAUGUGACAUUUAACUCCUGUCAUUUCAGUAACUCACAAGACUCUUUAAAUCAUAUCUAGGAAUGCCUCUGCACCUUCUGCUUUGGCUUUAACAAAGUCAGCAUGAUGUACACAGUGUAAGUGGGAAAUACAUACAAAUGUUCUUAAAAUAGGCUCAAGGCCUUUUUCCCCUCCAUGAGAUUGUGCAGUGGAAUCUCAUUUUGAGGCUCUAACACAGGAUGCAGUUGCUUGAGAGAGGGAGAAGAGGGUGUUUUUUUUCCCCUUUGCAAUCUCUUGAACUCAGAAAUCUAUGCACUUUUUGCCAAGAGGUGGCUACUAUUAAAAUAAAAGGCACUUCUGCAAUUUGAGCGGCAGUUAGCAAAUAUGAAUAGAGGAUGCACAGACUAGAUGCUUGUGACAUGCCCCUGAUUUCAGUCCAUGCUCUUCCUGGGACACUGAGAAAGCACUCCAAUGGUUCUGCUUUUCUUUCUCUAUCACUGCUUGCUGUAGCUCCAUGCACUUGGUUACAAGUGUGUGCUAUGGCUGUCUCAUUUAUGUAGCUUACCCAUCCUCAUCAGUUGUGACCAAACCCUUUACAAGCCCCUCUGAAUUGCAGGAGGGCAGGAAAUGGCUUGCAUAAGAAGAGAAGAUCUUAAAGAGAGUGGUGUUUGGUUAAAAUAUGGGCAGAAUGUCAUUAAUGCUGCUAGAGGGAUAAUGCCGAUCGCACCAACAGUUAACAAUACCCUGUGAACUGGCGCAAGCACUUCGCAAAAAUAGCACGUGUUCCUUGUGGAGCAAACCUGUAAUAUCUAAGCAAUAACAUCCAGAGGAGAGGAUUGGCCCACAAGGAUCACCUAGGGAGAACAAGCCCUUCUUAAGGUAAAACUUCAUAUCACGGGAGAUAUAGAAAUACACUGAUGAGAGUAUAGCCUUGAUAGAGAAUUCAAUAAGAAACUUCCUGUUGCUAUGAAACACAAUGGGAACAGGCCCAGUGUGUGCAAUUUGAAGUGCAGGUCCCAACAUCCAAAAUAGACUUAAUUUAAAGAGUGUUGAGAAAUCUUCCCACAGCCCCCAGUGGGCAUUUCUUUAGACCCCAAUCGCACAUGUCCUUACACGUGGGCUUUACUGAGCAGGUUUGCACAAAUAGAGACUGAGGAAGGACUGGCUUGGUUGAAGUGCUACAGAGACGAACCUGGGGCUGACCAUAUGUUGAAUAUGAGCCAACAGUGUGCUCCUGUUGCAAAAAAAGCCCUCAGCAACCUGGGUUGUAUUAAUAGUAGUGUCACUUGCCAAUGAAGGCAAGUGGUUCUUCUGCUCUGUUCAGCACUGGUGAGGCCUUACCUGGAGUCCUGCAUCCAGUUUUGGGCCCCAUGCUUGAAGAAGGAUGUGCACAGCUUGGAAAGAGUUCAGUGCAGGGCAACCAAAAAUAUGAAGGGCCUGGGAGGUAAGACUUAUGAGACUUAUGAGGAAAGGCCUGAGUUUAUAUAGCCUGGAGAAGAGAAGCCUUGAGAGGGCAUUUGACAAGUCUUCAAAUCUCUGAAGCGUGAUUAUAGAGAGGAUACACAUGGGCUCUUCUCUCUGGCUGUAGGGACAGGACUAGGAACAACGGCCUCAAGCUGCAGCAGGGAAAUUUGGGCUGGGGCUUAGGAGGAACUUUCUGACUAUGAGUGUGGUCAGGCGUUGCAACAGGCCACCUAGGGAAGUUGUGGCAUCUCCAGGCUUGGAAACUUUCAGCAGCAGGGUACACCGACACUUGGAAGGGAUGGUUUAAUCAGAGGGUGCACUAGAUGACCUUGCGAGGUCCAUUCCAGCUGUGCUUUCCUAUGAUCCUACUCAAUGUAUCAUAAGCAGGUGCAAGGGGGCUACUCCAAGGCAUACAGUUCAGUAAAGGAGAGGGGAUCAGUGCCUUAUUGAAUUACCUAGCAUAUGCACCCGGAUCUGACAUGGUAUGCCUUAACCUCUCCGUGCCUCAGCAUCCCUAUCUCUAAAUGGUUGCAUGAUCAAGCCCUGUGAUGUCCAUGGGAUGAGAAGUACUAGUGUAUGCAAGUGCAACCUAUCACAAUAUGUCUAUGAAUGGAGCUUGUGGUUUGUAUCUGAGCAUCGCUCUCCUUUUUUCAUCAAUGCAGUCCAGCAUUACUGAAAACAGGGCAUGCUGAUUAAAUAUGAUUAGGGAUACAGCCAACAUUUUAUUUAUAUAUUAAAAAGGUGCUAAUUAUAUUUGAGUUUUAUGGCAUCGUGUGAUUUUUUUUUUUUUUAAUGGAGUGUAUAAAUUAUUGUGGUUGUUAGUAAAUAAGCUAUUGUUCAAGCAUUUUUAAAAACAUAUUUUUAUUAUUAUUCUUUUGCCUAUUAAAUGAAAACCCCAGAAUUAUUUUGGGGGAAAGAAACGUGUGCGUUAAAUUAUUUCAGGGAUUCUUAUUUGUGGUUAAAAGUCUUUCAGCCUGAAUUAGCUUUCUUUCAAGGAAGCUCUCGCUGGCAUUUAAUUAUUUUCCUUCCCUGCCAUUUGUGAAUGGUUCUUUGCAACACAGUCUCAUGGUGCUAUUUUACUGAGCUCUGUUUUUUUUUUUCUUCUCUUGUUGUUGUUAAUAUGGGCUUAUUAAACUAUUUCAAAUUGA